AUGUCAAGCGAAGCGGACUAUAUCCCUAAAAACAUUCUUUUGACAGGAGGAGCAGGUUUCAUUGCUUCCCAUGUCGCCAUUCUUCUCUGCAAGAAGUAUCCCAACUACAACAUUGUCGUUUAUGAUAGAUUGGACUAUUGCGCAUGUUUGGAGAACCUCUCUGAGCUCAAUGAUUUGCCCAAUUUCAAGUUCAUCAAGGGUGACAUUGCGACAGCUGAUUUGGUUGCCUACGUCCUGAGAGAAGAGGAAAUUGACACUAUCCUUCACUUUGCAGCCCAAACCCAUGUUGACAAUUCUUUUGGAAACUCCUUCGCCUUUACCCAUUCCAAUAUUUAUGGUACUCACGUCCUUUUGGAAAGUGCCAAGGCUUGCAAGACCAUCAAGCGAUUCGUUCACGUUUCCACCGAUGAGGUCUAUGGAGAGGGAGAGGAUUUCGAAACCGAUCCCAUGUCGGAAGAGCACGUCUUGGAACCAACCAACCCAUACGCUGCCACCAAGGCUGGAGCAGAAUUCUUGGUCAAGUCCUACUACCGCAGUUUCAAGCUUCCAUGUCUGAUUACCAGAGGAAACAACGUCUACGGCCCUCAUCAGUUCCCUGAGAAGCUCAUUCCUAAGUUUACCAAUCAGCUCAUGAAGGGUAUGAAGCUAACCUUGCAUGGGGACGGAACCAACACCCGAAACUUUUUGUACGUGACUGAUGUCGCCAACGCAUUCGACGUCAUUCUGCACAAGGGAGAGCCUGGCCACGUUUACAAUAUUGGCGGGGACAACGAAGUUGCGAAUGUCCAGGUUGCAAAGGAUCUUUUGAAGAUCUUUGGUCUAGAGAAGGAAGAGGAUUGGCUUACAUUCGUGCCAGACCGAAAGUUCAACGAUUUGCGAUACACAAUUAACUCAAGCAAGCUCCACGCUCUUGGAUGGAAGGAAAAAAUGACUUGGGAAGAAGGCCUAAAGACAACUGUUGAGUGGUACAAGAAGUACACAAGCCGAUAUGGAAACAUCGACGAUGCGUUGAUAGCUCACCCAAGAAUGCUCAACACCUCUUCCUCCAUUGAUGAAAAUAUCAUGAUGGGCGAAUCGAAGUAA